CGAGGAAUGUGCUGUAGUGUUGUUUGGCAGAACUCAAUUAAUUAAAGAAAGAGACUUUGGAGAAAUUGGCGCCCCUUUUUUCUGUUUCUAUAAUUUAUUUCAUCCCAUCUGCCUUUUCUCUCCCCUUUUUCUCUUUUUGCUUUCUUUCUCGCUUUUUUUUUCAAUCCAUCUUUCUCCUUCUUUUUUUUGGUUUUUAUUCUUCUUUCGCCAUGUCCGCUCGUAGACGAACAUUGCUCAAGGUCAUUGUUCUCGGCGACAGUGGGGUCGGCAAGACGUCCUUGAUGAACCAAUAUGUACAUAAGAAGUUCAGUCAACAAUACAAAGCUACAAUUGGUGCCGAUUUUGUCACAAAGGAGCUCCAAAUUGAUGACCGACUCGUCACUCUUCAAAUAUGGGACACAGCAGGGCAAGAAAGAUUUCAGAGUCUCGGUGUUGCAUUUUAUAGAGGAGCAGAUUGCUGUGUUCUAGUUUAUGAUGUUAAUGUUAUGAGGUCAUUUGAUACACUUGACAAUUGGCACGAGGAGUUUCUCAAACAGGCAAAUCCAUCUGAUCCCAAGACAUUUCCUUUUAUAUUAUUGGGAAACAAAAUUGAUAUAGAUGGUGGAAAUAGUCGAGUGGUUUCUAAGAAAAAAGCAGAGGACUGGUGUGCUUCGAAAGGAAACAUUCCUUACUUUGAAACAUCAGCAAAGGAGGAUUACAAUGUUGAUGCUGCAUUCCUUUGUAUUGCCAAAACUGCCCUAGCCAAUGAGCAUGAACAAGACAUCUAUUUCCAGGGCAUCCCUGAGGCAGUUUCUGAAACUGAGCAAGGAGGCGGUUGUGCAUGCUGAACUUGAAUAUGGAAUGAUGCCGACUCGGUCCCACCUGAUUGUUCCCUAUUUCUUCAAUUUGUCUUUUUUUUUUUUUUCGUUUUUUCAUUUGUUGUGAUUUAUAGUCAUUUUUUGCCUUUGAAAUGUUUGAGCUGUUGUCUUGUGUUGCCACUUUAGAAGAAAGCAGUCUUUAUUUUGCUGAACAUGAGCUUUAGUACUUAAAAUUGUAGAGUAGAAAGCCCCAUUGGAUUCAUUCACCAGGAAUCAUUUUCAUCUGUGGUUCGGAAUUGAGAUCCAUUUUUAGUAGGAAAAAUCAUUGCUUUUAAGCUCAA